UCCCCAGCUGCAACCAGCAGCUGCGCUCCAGGCUGGAUGAUAAUGCAAAGUGCCAUGUUCCUGGCUGUCCAGCACGACUGCGGAUCCAUGGACAAGAGUGCCAACAGCGGCCCCAAAAGCGAGGAGAAGCGGGAAAAAAUGAAGCGGACCAUGUAUGGUCUUGCUGCAUUCAGGGCUUUUUUAAAAUCUGAAUUCUGUGAAGAAAAUAUUGAAUUCUGGCUGGCCUGUGAAGACUUCAAAAAAACAAAGUCACCCCAAAAGCUGUCCUCAAAGGCAAGGAAAAUAUAUACUGAUUUCAUAGAAAAAGAAGCUCCCAAAGAGAUAAACAUAGACUUUCAGACCAAAACUCUAAUUGCCCAAAAUAUACAAGAGGCUACAAGUGGCUGCUUUACGACCGCCCAGAAAAGGGUCUACAGCUUGAUGGAGAACAACUCUUACCCCCGUUUCUUGGAGUCAGAAUUCUACCAGGACUUGUGUAAAAAGCCGCAGAUCACCACGGAGACCCAUGCUACAUGAGAUGAACACAGAAGCCCAAACAUGGAGGACAUUUCAUUUUUUUCCUAAGGGGGAAAGGCUGUGACCUGCCCCAAAAGACUGACCUUGACUUCAGCCUGGGUGUGGGGGAAGACAUCACUCAGAACUGCUGCUUCGAAGUUGGGUAGUGAGCUGGGAAGCCGGUGGCCAUCCAAGAGCAGCAUGUGUCAGGGCAGCCUCCGUGGCUGUAGAGAACACAGGGACAGUGGUCAGAAUGUGGUGUGUCUCCCACCGGAAACGCAGGGAUGUGAGACUGAAAGAAAGAUACAAUGUAAUACUGUUGGUCCAAAAGCAUUUUUAAUAUCAGUAGGUGUGGGAUUCUGUGGCCUUAGCUAGCUGGAUGUACCUCUUUCCCCAAGUCAGCCUAUGUUAGCACAUAGUGGUUGUAGUUUUAGUACUAAGUGACUUUAAAGUGUGUCCUACGUGCAAGUGAAUGGACGUUCUUAUAACUACAGAUCAUCAGUGCUGUUGUCUCAUGUAACGCUAAAACGGACAUGGUCUGUGCUUGAACUGUUCAGUGGUGUGUCGUAGCGCGAGUACGUUGUGUAGUAAAUGAAAUGUCGUUAUGAGUGCCAAACACUGUUCUGAAGGCAGCUAAACUUUCACGUGGUCUUUGGAUACUUUUAAUAAAUUUAUUUUGAUAAAUAAUGUUAUUGAAAAUGUGGUUCAGAUGUGGGUAUCUGUGUUUGUUUGGGCAUUGGAAACAUGAUGGGUACUAGGAAAACCAUCUUUCUGGUAAAGAAGAGGCAGAGGUGGUAAGUGCCUCAGAGCUGAGAAAUGAAGGCUGCAGGGAAGACGUGCUCCUAUCUCUCAAAUGUUUUUGUGGGUCAAAGGAAGUGCAAACACAUCCUUAGAACCACCCUGGGAUCAAGCUUUCUAAUAUAAUCUUGUGAAAAUAAAGUUCGUUGUUAAUGAAAACAGAAGAACAUUGACCCAUUCAAGACCAGCAAAAUGUGAGAACUAAAACAAUGUUAUAGGGACAAAGCGCCACAAGUAUUCACAUAACUAUGCCUCUCAAAUGAAUAAAGCAGCUAAGUAAGGUGAA